AUGCCUGCUGUUCUGUCCCGCCACUUUGUCGAAAACUGCUUCACCUUGCUUCUCCUACCCACCUGUCACCCGGGUUUCUCUCAAGACUGGCUGGGCGAAAUCAAAAACCUCAUGGUCUCCCACGACUGCCUGUAUUACUCGGUGCUGGCCUAUGCUGCCUCACACGUCUUCCUGAUGGACACGUCAACACGGAUCCAGGGCCUCGUUUCAACUUAUUGUUCCAAGGCGACGAGAGCGAUGUCAUGUCUGCUUGAGAUCGAGGCUCGUCCUGAGCUUCACAAUGGGCUCCUUAUGUCCGUUAUGUUACUGUACUUACAUGGCUGCGUGGGCAUGGGAACAUAUACCGAUAUACCGAUGCACGUGAACGCAGCAAUUCGCAUCAUCAAGACGAGACUCCUCGAUCGCCACAAGACAGUCCAUCGUCUCUUUGACCGAGUCGCGGUCAAGAGCGUUCUGUGUCAGAUUUUCCUUGCAACAACAGGUCUGUGGACGCAGGAGGCAGAGGCCGAAUACAAAUUUGACGCCGUGUUUUGGACCAAAGCCGAGGAUUUCCUAGACCGGUCCACUAUCUUCCCUGGACAACCGAUAAGCCUCAACAGCCCGGUCCUGGGCGUUCCAAUAUCGCUGUUCAGGCUGUCGUUUAUGCUGCAAAAGCAGUACGGCAGCGGGCUGGCUCUCGACUCGGCGAUGCUCAGCCGGAUCAGGGACGAGGUGGCCGAGUGCGAGGCCCUGCUUCUCUGCGUUCGAACCGCCGAAUCGUCGACGUGCGAGGAAGGUUCUACGGAGGAUAUCUACUACAGAGACGCGAGCUGCCUGUUUGGCAUUAUCAUCUCGCUCCUCUUCGAGCAGCUCUGCCGACCCCAUGUCGGAGCUGGGCCGCUGCUACCGGAGCCGAGUGAGUCAUGGCAGGUGGGCAAGGCGAUGCGGAUCCUGCGACGGCACGAACACGCGGAGGGCUGGAGCAGGUGCUUCAUCGGGAACUGGCCGGUGUACACCCUAGGCCUCUUCAUGAAGUCACCCAAUGACCAAGAGGUCGUUCGGAAUGACCUUCAGCAGAGAUUGGGAUUGACGGGGUUUUCGCAGGUGUGUCGAUUCCAAGGGGAUCUCGAACAGAUCUGGGCGUCGCGGCGGAGCUCCGUAUAG